GAAGGAAGAAACAGAAGCUUGCCAAAGAGAGAGCAGGGCUUUCCAAGCUGCCUGAUUUGAAAGAUGCUGAAGCAGUUCAGAAGUUUUUCCUUGAGGAGAUUCAGCUUGGCGAGGAACUAUUAGCUCAAGGUGAAUAUGAGAAAGGUGUUGAUCACUUGACCAAUGCCAUUGCUGUGUGUGGGCAGCCGCAGCAGCUACUACAAGUUCUACAGCAGACUCUUCCACCACCAGUGUUUCAAAUGCUUCUAACUAAGCUCCCUACAAUAAGCCAGAGAAUUGUAAGUGCACAGUGCUUGGCUGAAGAUGAUGUUGAAUGAGGUCACACCACAACAGGGGGAAAAAAUGUUUUCUUACCCCAGAAGAUGAGCAUCAGUAGGGGGAUAAAGGGGCAAACAUAGUAGUUAAUGAACUGUGUACCACAUUGGGUUCUACCAGAGUUAAAAUUAACUUUGUGUAGGUGGGUUUCGCAGGAUUUUAUUUAUUAUCCCAGUGAAAAGUGUAUUUUGAUAAGGAUUCAUUUUAUAAAUACACUGUGUUGAGUUAUCAAAGUAUCACCAACUUCAUUAUUAUUAAAAUAUGCAGUCGUAAUGUUGUACAUAUAAAGAUAUAAAACUACAACCUAUGAAAAACCCAAUGCUCAUUUUUGAAAAAACAAAGUUAUGGCAAUAAAGAUUUAUCUGCACUUGUGUCUCCCUAUAGUACUACUUUAAAUUUCAGAACAUUUGGGUGUCAGAGCAAAUGAUCAAAAAAUGACUUAACAUUAAAAUUUAUUUUUAAUGUUA